CGUCUUACCUUUAUAUAUAUAAACACAACACAUGCACACGAAUCUUAAAGCAUCUUCACAGAUUCAUCAUUCAUUUCAAGAAAACCUCUAAAAAAACUCUAAACAUUAACCCUUCUUUAUCGCAACACCACAAAAUCUUUUUUCCACCUUUUUUCCGAUUUUUUCCAAAUCUUGAUUAUUUAGUCUUGUUUUCAAGAACUCGUUUUACGUUAAUUCGAGUGUGUUUUAUGUCGACGACGAUGAAGAGACCGGGCUGCAGCUCAGAUUCCGGCGAUCGACGGCGGCAGUCCAGUCGUCUUAAAAAACGUCCCCCGGCGUUAAACAUCGUUCCGGCGACUCCGGCGGCUAAUAACUGGAAAACGGCUAUACCUCUCCUCUCGCCGUUAGCUCUUUCUCCUGAAACGUCAUUAUCACCGGUCGACGAAGACCAACAGCCACCGGCUGAGAACCAGAAGGCUACGACGGCGGCGGUUGAGAAAACGCUGGUUUUCGAGAAAUGGCAGCAUCCGGCGGCGCCGUUCUAUUACGAGUCAUCGACGUUUGUUCCACCGUUUGUUCCGGUUUAGUAUUGGAUCCAACGGCUCAAAAGUACAGAUUUUUUUUUCUUUUUGGUCAUGUGUAGAUCUAACGGCCCAGAAAACGCGUUUUGUUUUAUCAAAUCGCGUUUUUUUUUAAUAUUCUAGUGGUUGGAACAAACGCGAUUUUCGUUUUAGAAUUUUAAUAAAAUAAAUAUGAUUAUUAAAUUUUAUAAGCAUGUUUAAUUAUGUUA